GAGAAAGGGGGAAGGGGGAGUGUACGCUAACUGUACUCGCUAAUAUAAACCCUGAAACCAACACAAAGGCUUAAUCUCUACAAUGGGUGUAAAAUUAUACUACACGACCGUCACUGCUUCAAGAGAGGUGAAAUCACAGCAGGCUGAAGUGAUGCGCAUUUUAGAGAGUAAGAACAUCCAGUUUGAACUGAUUGACAUUUCAGUGGGCGGGGACAUCCGGAAUGAGAUGAGAACCAAGUCGGGUAACCCUAAUGCUGCCCCUCCUCAGAUUUUCAAUGAAGAUCAGUACUGUGGGGACUAUGAAAUGUUUUCUGAGGCAGUAGAGGAGGACACAGUGGAGAAGUUUCUCAAGAUUGCAUGAGAGUCCAACCUUGUAGCAUCCAAUGUCUUUUCCUCUGCUUUGCUAGACGGUGAUUCCUAAAAGGAAGGCCUGCCUCAUGUCCUCUGCCCAAUGGCAGUGUCUACUAUUCUUUGUAUCUAUGCCAUUUUUAAAAUGCCAAACACAUAUUCCUUUCUGCCAUGCGGUGAUCUGAAAGCACAGAGUACUCCACUGGAUUUACCCUGAUUUAUUUUGAAUGUGGUUAGUCAUGUUUUAAUUUGUGCACGAAUCAGCAUUCCAAUUGAUUUUUUUUUUGUUUUUGUUUUUGUUUUGCAUUUAAAUGUGAUUGGUUACAUUAUUGUAAUCAGUGGAGCUCCAGAAUAUGGAGUAAAUAGAUAAUCUAAUCUCGAUUGCAAUCAGUUUAUACUUGAUCUGAAACUAAUCUACACUCAAACACAACAAAAAACCUGAUCUCCUAUGGACCAAAAAAUCAGUUGGCUUUAUGUAUAUUGUCUUAUUUUUGUGUUGUCCUUUACAGUUGCUUGUCUUAUGCUUGACAAACUAAAUCGAUGUGAUUAGUGGUCAGCAUGCUAAGUUUAAUUGUAUGUCAUGAAUUAAAAAAUACUGGCUGUUUUUGCAGUCUGAUGUGGACCAGGUGCAUAUGACCCUUCAGUACCACCAACUGAUCUGAAAACGCUGUUUUAUUGCUCUGUAUAUGUGGCAAGAUAACAAAUGUUACCAAGGUUCAUCGAAUGAAAGCAUUCCAUUGUAUUCAACUGUGCCAAUAAAUGUCCCUGAAAAUGCA